AUGACCAGGUUGGACAAUUCUGAGUUCUUGAAGCAGGUCGCCCAGAUCUUGAGCACCAACGACGGCAAGUCGUCGGUGUACUUGACCCAGAAAAGACUCUCUGCAUCCUUGCCGUUGGAAGACACCACCGGCAUCAACGACCUUUCAUCCAAUGUGAUCGCCAACGACUCACACCCACAAAACACUGAACAGUACCCCGUGUUGAUAAGAAUAGCAAUGAACGGCAAGGACAGAAAGGACAAAAAGGACAAGACCAAGUUGUCGACAGUGGUCGAUAACGACCGCUUGGAUAAGUUCUGGACCGACUACGUCCAGGUUAUCAAGAACGGGUUCGUGGGCUUGAAGAAAAAGGAAAAGAAAAAGGCCAAGAAGGGAAAGGUCUCCAAGUGA